AUGUCGUCAAAACCAGACAAUGAUCAAGAUGUUGAAAAUCCUUCUCCCACGGUAGAAACACCGCCACCCGCCUCGGAGACAAACGAGCCUUACAGUAUAUUCGACAAUCGGCAAAGGGCGUUCAUCGUGAUUAUAGUCUCCACAGCAGCAACAUUCUCUGGAUUCGCGUCCAACAUUUACUUCCCUGCGCUCCCAACCAUCGCCAAAGACCUCAAUGUCUCCGUCGAGCUCGUCAAUCUCACAGUCACUUCGUAUCUCAUCUUUCAAGGAAUUGCUCCCAGCUUGUGGGGCCCCGUAUCUGAUGUCAAAGGACGCCGAGUCGCAUACUGCUGCACCUUUCUCGUCUUCGUCGGCGCGUGUAUUGGACUUGCCGAGACCAAGAACUAUGCCACCUUGAUUGUCCUUCGAUGUCUCCAGAGCACGGGGAGCGCGAGUACAAUCGCCAUUGGCUCUGGUGUCAUUGGAGAUAUCACCACCCGAGCGAACCGUGGAAGUCUCAUGGGCAUCUUCCAGGCCGGCCUGCUGGUUCCUGUUGCCAUUGGUCCUGUAAUCGGAGGUGCUAUUGCUGGAUCGCUAGGAUGGAGGGCCAUAUUUUGGUUUUUGACGGCAUAUGGCGGUGGUUUUUUGUUAUUCCUCAUCGCCUUUCUGCCAGAAACAUUACGAUCCAUUGUCGCAAACGGUAGCCGAACUCCAUCGUCGCUUAUCGGCAGAUAUCCUCUCAGCAUAUACCAGAGACUCUCAAAGAUCAAAUGGAACCGUGAGAUCUCAGCCGCGGAGCCGGACAAGAAGAAGCGCAUCGACAUUUUCGGUCCGUUCCGCAUCCUCAUCAGCAAGCAUGCGACUCCUAUUAUUGUCUUCUUGUCCAUAUACUACGCCGUAUGGCAAAUGAGCAUCACUGCCAUGUCGACUCUCUUUGAGCAAAAGUACAACUUGAAAGAGACACAAAUCGGCCUGACAUUCAUUGCCAACGGAGUGGGCUCCAUGAUAGGAACACUCAUCACAGGCAAAAUCCUCGACAAGGAUUAUAAAAAAGUCAAGGCUGCCUAUGAUGCUCAAAUGGCCCAGACGGAUCAUGAAAACGGCAGUGAAGUUACUCGAUCUGCCACCCAAUCGGAGGAAGAUUUUCCCAUUGAAAAGGCACGCCUUCGUCUGAUCCCUAUCUUCUCCAUCAUCCAAUGUCUGUCCAUACUUUUAUUCGGCUGGACCAUUCAAUAUCCUCAUCGCGUCCACAUUGCUGUUCCCAUCAUAUCCACAUUCAUCACAGGUUGGACUGCCGUCUCGACACAGUCUACCAUCAUGACGUAUCUCGUCGACAUCUUUUCAGACCGAAGCGCUGCGGCCAGCGCCAGCCUGAAUCUCGCCAGGUGUCUCUUUGCUGCCGGCGGCACCAGCAUUGUGAUGCCAAUGGUGAAUGGCAUUGGUGUCGGACUGGCAUUUACCAUUUGCGCCAUUGUUCAGUUUGUUGCGCUUCUGGGACCGGCUAUUCAGUGGAGGUUUGCUGCUGGCUGGAGGAAGCAGGCCCGGAUGCAGAAAAAACGCUGGCAACGGACGUCUGGAAGAGAGAAAACAAGGCAACGAGCCAAAAUGGCCAAGGGAGCCGCAGCAUCUUGGUGA